GCUGCUGUAACAUCCCUCUUAACAUAUUCGUUUCAUGAUAAUCAGACCAAGACACAGAUAGACUACAUCUACGAAUACAUUCCCCUGCAAGGCUUCACUCAGCAUGGUGUAAAAGAAUGAAUGUACCUCCCUACUUUGACACGUACCACUCCAUACAAUAGAAGCAGACGCAACACGAGGGAGAAGCUAAUGGACCAUUUGAAAAGUCCGCAAAUCACUAUGGGCACGAUUUUGACCUCGACGAAUCAUGGGAUUGACAGACAAGGCUUCGAAUGUGCCGAUACGUUACAGAUCCCUGUGGUUAGUUUCAUAGUAGAAGUUGAGCAAGACUGGCGAAGAUCAUCUUCUUCUGCACAAUCGGUGGACAGUGGACAGUCUACAAGGACAAGCCUAGACAAUUGACUGGUGUAUGCUCAAAGCGAACCCAACUACCUCGGACUCUGGCAGGCGAUGGGAUUAGAACGAGCAGGCGAGUAUCGCUCUAGGUCCCAAAGCUAAAAUUUGUGGGAUAGAACGGUGCGAAAAGCAUCCAUCCACAAGGGUAUGUUGGAG